UGCCCGGGCUGCUGCUCGGCUGCUGGGCGCGGGAUGACGCCACCUCUCGCUCCGCCACCUCUCGCUCCGCCCCGCCAGCGAGAACUCGCUCUUUGCGUUCAUUUCAUUCCUCUUCUCAUUCCGAGCAUUCUUCGCAUCUCUGUCAGUGCGCGAUUCACCUACACCUUCCUGGCUGGCCCAGAAACACUAGAAUAACUUGACAUAGUAUUAAAAAAAUACCCCGUAACAUCCCAUUUACUCAAAAAGAAGGGACAAUUAUAUGAGAUAUCAAUAACGAGUUACUUGGAGAUUUCACCGGAGGAUUUUCGGACCACCUCGAAGAGGAAAACCACGGCGGAGAGAGACUUGUUGCUUCAACAGGUUUUGACGGUGGUUAUUGAAACCGUCAUCGAAGUUUUUUGUCUCUCCCUAGUUUGCUCCAGGCUUUAGCUUGGAGAGCCCAACCGCCACCAUUGAUCCCAGCAGCUGGAGCGGCAGCGAGAGCCCUGCCGAGGACAUGGAGAGGAUGAGCGACUCUGCAGACAAGCCCAUGGACAAUGAGGCCGAGGGGGUGUGGAGCCCCGAUAUCGAACAGAGCUUCCAUGAGGCCCUGGCUAUCUAUCCUCCUUGUGGACGAAGGAAGAUCAUCCUGUCUGAUGAGGGAAAGAUGUAUGGUCGAAAUGAGCUGAUAGCCAGAUACAUCAAGCUUCGGACCGGGAAGACGAGGACUCGGAAGCAGGUGUCUAGUCACAUACAGGUCUUAGCAAGAAAGAAAGUUCGAGAAAUCCAAGCUGCCAUUAAGGUACGUCUGGCUUUGCCCAGUUGCAGGGGGCUUUUCAUUGCCAUGGUUACAGGCUCUUCCUUUGUUUUCCUCCCCUCCCCUUCCCCGCAGGUGUCUAGUCACAUUCAGGUUCUUGCCAGAAGGAAAUCUCGUGAGUUUCAUUCCAAGCUAAAGGUUACAAACAUGGACCAAGCCGUGAAGGACAAAGCCCUCCAGAGCAUGGCCUCCAUGUCCUCGGCUCAGAUCGUCUCUGCCACGGCUAUUCACAACAAGCUGGGCCUGCCAGGCCUCCCGCGCCCAGCCUUCCCCGGAGCAGGGUUAUGGCAGGGUAUGAUAUCAGCUGGUCAACCAGGAUCCUCACAAGAUAUAAAGCCUUUCACUCAGCAAGCCUAUCCCAUCCAGCCAGUCACAACAACCAUUUCAAGUUACGAGCCCACAUCAGCUCCAGCUCCCACAGCACCAGCAUGGCAGGGGCGCUCCAUCGGUACAUCCAAACUCCAUCUGGUGGAGUUCUCCGCUUUCCUAGAGCAACAGAGAGACCAAGACCCAUACAACAAGCACCUAUUUGUACAUAUCGGACAGACAAAUCAUUCCUACAGUGACGCCCUGCUGGAGUCGGUGGACAUUCGUCAGAUUUAUGACAAAUUCCCAGAAAAGAAAGGAGGACUGAAGGAGCUGUACGGAAAAGGUCCUCAGAAUUCCUUCUUCCUAAUAAAAUUCUGGGCUGACCUGAACUGCAACAUUCAGGAUGAAACCGGAUCUUUCUACGGAGUCUCGAGUCAGUACGAGAGCUCGGAGAACAUGACCAUAACGUGUUCAACAAAGGUCUGCUCUUUUGGAAAGCAGGUGGUUGAGAAAGUAGAGACUGAAUAUGCGCGGUUUGAGAACGGACGUUUUGUGUACCGGAUAAGCCGGUCUCCCAUGUGUGAAUACAUGAUCAACUUCAUCCAUAAACUGAAACAUCUGCCAGAGAAAUAUAUGAUGAACAGCGUGCUGGAGAACUUCACUAUCUUAUUGGUGGUGACGAACAGGGACACUCAGGAGACGCUGCUCUGCAUGGCGUGUGUGUUUGAAGUUUCAAACAGCGAGCACGGCGCCCAGCAUCACAUCUACAGACUGGUAAAGGAUUGAGAGGCUCCGAGCCCCCCCCCUCCCCCUCUCUUUUCAUGGAUUUACCAACGUCAAUCAAGUGGCAGUGCCUCUACCUGAAAGUCACACCUACAAUGCUUUUUGGUCAUGGUAUCGGGUGAAGUCAGUUGUUAUAAAUGUGUUUUAAUUUAAAGUGUUUGUUAUUUGACUGCAGCUGUGAAUUGCGGUACAGUUGUUUUGUUUAAAUGCGGGAAUUCUCUCUUAAAAUGUUAUCUUGGUCUCUGUUGGGUAUAAAUGUGGCCGUUUUUAAAGAAUUUACUAGAUUAAUUUAGUAAAUGGAAAUGUGUUUGUCGUCUUCUUCUACUUUGUUGCGUAAACUAAGAAAAAAAAGGAUGCUGGCCUUUUCUUUGAGUGGCCGGAUGUGGUCUGUGUAAUUUGUUUGAGUGUGUUUAGUGUGUCUGUAGUUCAUCAUUUGUGAGCGUACAUACUGUAGAUAUACAGACAUGCAGCCACAGCUAAUAGAUUUCCCAAAGAAACUAUACUGACACAACAUACAUUAGCACAUAGACAGUUGUAACAAGUAGUUGCAAAUAUUACAGAAUUACAGGUAUUUCUUUAAAAAAAAACUCUGCUUUCAGUAGUACAUGUAUCUCCAUGAAGCACUCCAAGUCUUAGACACUAACAACAGAAUGAAUGCACUGUGAACAUACUACAAACAUUAGCCUGCAUCUGCUAAAAGAAGUCUUAAACUGUCUCACAAUGCUAAGCAUCUCUGUGCUGCAAACAUUUAUUUUCUCUGAGACAACAAAUAGGAGAGUUUUUAGGUUUUAGACAGGUGAAAGUACUCAAAAAGUAUCAUCUUGUCCAAAAGCACUUUGUACCCUUUCCUGGACUUGCUUUGGUGAUAUAAGGCAAGGUCCAAGUCGUUCAGUUCAAAUAUCGUUCCCCUCUGGGAUCGCAGUGUAAAGACUCCCAGCCAGAGUGGUGCUGCCUUCAGGUUCACACUAUGUUCCCAUGUUUCUGUGGCCUACGCCGAUCCCGAGCCUUAAACAUGUUAUAGCUGUGACGACUCCAAAAGAUGCCACUUAAACUGUGAUUAAAGACUCUAUAUGUUUGCGUAAGAAAUCCACAAUACUAUCUGCCAAAGUGUAGAUGUACAGUGCCUUAGAAUACACUCUGACAUUACCUUUUGCUUUUAAGUCUGAAAUCAGUUUGUGGAUUAAACAAAAAUAACUCACCGCCAUAUAUUCCUUGGUACAUCUUCACAUCCUGAGAAAUUGUUUUCUUAUAAUUGGUACACUCCUAGAAAUACAGGUUUGAUAGUUAUCAGCCUUUUUACAAGAUCUAUAUAAAACACAGACUGACUGCCUUUCCCGUCGUAGAAGACCAAAAAUACCGAGAUACAGUCGAUCUUUUGUCCUGUGCUGCAUGGUAGCAAGGAAGUGCCUUUGGUUUAAAAUGUCCUACUUCAAAAAAAUCUAAGAGAAAUUACAAAUUAAAUGUUGCUAGACCAAAAAAUGAGACAUAAGUGAAACCAAUCACCGCUUUGCCUUUUUAAAGGACUGUGAUGACAGCAGGAGGAGAUCUGGGUAGUGGUAAAAAAAUAAAGGAUAUAUUCAUUUCUAUCACAUUAAUUGAUUUCACAACUGAUGUAUUUAAAGAAAACCUAUUUCUUUGCUGAUAACGUACAGCUGCUGACUGCAUGCAGGAUGUCGACACCACAGCUGUUUGCUUCGUGCACACUUGCAGGUUCAAGUGUUUUUAAAAAGGUUUUUGGAAGUAUGAUUGUUUCUCCUGUGAAAAAACACAGAAACAUAAUGUCCCCUUGCAGAAACAGCCGUGAUGUCGACGAAGGUUAGACACAAGUUUUGAAAAUGUCUUACUGAAAAGUUUAUUUAAUACUUAUUCUACAGUACACUACUAAUUUUAAAAGAAUGUUUUGGAAAGCUGUUUCAGAAACUAGUUUUUCAAAACUGCUGGUGUGGACGAGGCCGUCAAGGUUAAUACUUUUCACUUUAAGGACCAUAGCUACUCAAACAUUAGCUGUUUUUUAUUAAAAUAAAUAUAAUCAUCUAAAGUAUUUUAAUGGAAGAAGCUCUAAAUAAUUGCUGACAAUGUCUCUGGUGGAUGCAGUUAUAGUUCAAUCAUUCAGUGUUUUGCCACAGUCCUGUGGACACGGUGGACUUUCUUUUCUUAUGUUUACCCAGUAUCUGUUCACAUUUAUUGAUUACUUAUCGAGAUGUUUUCCUAUUGUACUUGUAUACAGUUGUACUUGGUUUUGUGAUGACAUUGUCUGUAUAUUGCAAGCCUAAUAACAUGGUUAUGAUGUUGCUGCUGUACUGCUGGUACAUUUUGACCUGUCGUUUCAACACUAGAACAGCAGGACUGAUGCCUUCUGUGGCGCCCGGUGGACCAUUUGGAAUAAAAUGGACACAUUAAAUAGCUGACUCGAGGAAUCAUGCUACAAACAUAUCAGCAGUUUAGCUCUUGUUAUUUGUAAUUCUGUCGAAAGAGUAGGUACUGGUACCUUUUUUGUUUUAUGACCAUUUUCCGAUGGUGGCUUUAACGUUAUUUUUCACAUAGCUCACGUAUAGUUGUCAUACACACGUUUGGGUUUUGUGUGCAAACUUGUUUUUUUGUAAAAAGGUGCUUUGUACAAAAUGUUAUAUCUUAGCUUUUCUUGGUACAGAUGUGUGAUAUCUUUUCGUAUUUCAGGACAGUAAAGUGUUGGAGCGAAGGAGAGAAAGAAGCUCUGCUAUGUUUCUGUGUUCUGCAUAUGGUCUUGUCUUUGCUCCGUAACAUUAUGAUGCCUUCUUGACAAUAGUAGAUAUUUUGUAGCUUUCUAGAUACUUUGUAUGUAUGCAAUAUUGGAGUUAAAUAAAUCAAAAAAUAUAUUGCC